AUGGCCGACGGUGACAACAACAUCGGGGAGUUACUCCCAGUGGACGUCCUCAUCGAGGUCUUGCUGCGCCUCCCGACGAGCUCCCUCCGGCGGUUCCGUCUAGCCUGUCGGCUCUGGCGUGACAUCAUCGACACACACACCACCGAGAUGCAGAGCCGCCCCAAGAUGCUCGUCACCACCGUCGAUACAAUACACCUUGGCGAGGAGGGCCUACCAUCAUCCCGAUGGACCGGAGCCGGCUACGAUGGCAUGAGCCUUGUCGGCACCUGCAACGGCCUCGUCUGCAUGUACGACAGUCAGGACCCUGACGGGCCCAUCAUCCUUGCAAAUCCGGUCACUGGCGAGAUGCUGGCCAUAACGCCGCCACCUCCGAUGAGGCACGCGAAGGCCACUUCGGACUCACGUCUAACGUUCACCUUCAUGUACCACCCCACGACGGGGAGGUAUAAGGUCCUGCACGUCCCAUACAGCUGGUUGUUCACGCUCGGGGAGGCGCUCUAG